AUAUAGUAUCUAUAUUAUGUAUUAAUUUUAUAUUUAUACAAUUAUAUAUGUUUUUAUAUAAAAAACUUUUAUCGGGUUAUGUGAUAGUUUAAUUAAUAAUCAGUAUCCGUUAUUAUGUAUAUACGUAAUAGAUAUAGUAUAACAAACCAUAGCAACUUGAUUGUAUAGUGGUUAAGUGGUUUCCUUGGAAGCAAACUUGAUAUUUCUCUUUAUGACGUAUACAAAACGUAUAAAAGGCUUUUACAAUUGUUCCUACGAUUUUACAUAAAAAAAUGGAUAUGAAUAUGAAGAAUAAAGUAAGUUGUGAUAAAGCAGAACAGGUAAAUCAUAUUGUUAAUAAAUUGAACCCUGAUAGAAAUCCGACAGAAGAAGAGUUUCAAAAUUUUAUGCAUCGUGUCACCGAAGUAGAAAAAAUCGUGAAGAAAUUGGCGUCCUCCGAUGAAAAAGAACAGGAAUGCGGGAAAAAGUUGGCCGAUGAAAUUUUAGAAAAAAGAGUUCAAAAAGAAAUCUAUGAAGACGGGGAGGUGAAAAUCAAAACCAAUCGCUCAGUAAUUAAUAAAUACCCAUCAAAAGAAGACGAACCUUCCAAUGAUCCGAACAAAAUGUCACGAGAGAUGUUCAUGAAGAGCAUGGAAGACGACGCAAAAAAACGUGCCGAAGCUCGCAAAAUUAGAAACGAACGGGCGGAAACGUUGAAGAGAAUUGCGAAUGGUGCGUUUAAAGAAGGUGAUUACGAGAAAGCCGUGACUUAUUACAGUAAAGCCUUAGAACAACGUAAAGAUUCCUCCGUAUUGUGGAACAAUCGUGCAUUAUCGUAUAUGCAUCUCGGAUUAUUCGAAAAAGCCUUGCACGACUGCGAGUGGACGUUGAAACUGAAUGAUUCAAAUUUAAAAGCUCUUUUGAAUAGCGCUAAGUGUUACAUGAAUCUCAGAAACAGAGAGAAGAGUAAAGAAUAUAUACAGAUGGCCAAAGAGAGGAAUCCUCAUUUUAACAAAUUUAUCGAUGGUAUUGUCAAAUAUUUAAUUUUACACAUUGUUUUUUAUAUGAUAACAAUUUAUUUUACAUUUUACAGAAUUUCAAGAAGGUUUAGAGCUUCAAUUUAACAAGUUUAACGUUCAGGUAAUCAAUGAUGAUGAAAUAUAAUAGCUUCUCUUCCAGAUGAAUAAUAUAUAAACGUCGUUUUAUAUAAUAUAUAUAAAUUAUAAUAAAUUAACAAUAGAAA